CGCCUCCUCACUUCAGAACACGCCUCCUCACUUCUCUGCUCCAUUACGCCUCCUCACUUGUCUGCUCCAUUACGCCUCCUUACUUCAGACCACGCCUCCUCACUUCAGACCACGCCUCCUCAUUUCAGACCACGCCUCCUUACUUCUCUGCUCCAUUACGCCUCCUCACUUCAGACCACGCCUCCUCAUUUCAGACCACGCCUCCUCACUUCAGACCACGCCUCCUCACUUCUCUGCUCCAUUACGCCUCCUCACUUCACUGAACGCAUGCUUGUACUGAACUCAUGAGAGUGAGAGGGGGAGAGUGAGGAGCCAUCUAACUUCCACUUUUCACAAGCUCACGUGAAGAGCUUCUAAAACACAUUUAUUUAGCCUCUUCCGACCAACAGACAGAAUAAAGAAACCGCUUUGUGUUUGAUUCCCAACUUGUUUUAAUUCCAUAUCAACGGUUGUUUAGCUACUCAGAAAAACGGAGGCUUUUCAGCUGAAGCGGCUUCCGGCCGUUGAGAUCGUCCGGUUGUCUCGGCUGGAACAUGUUUUUUGAAGAAAAAACCCCACAUUUGAACAAACUCCUAAAUGAUUUGGCCCUGAGGAAACGCUGAGGACUGUGACAUGCCCAUUGUUCCUCAUCAUCCUGGUGACCACCUGUGAGGUCGUUGAGCCCUGAGCAAGUCUGUCCUUGACACCAUGGAGACCAAUGGAAACCGAUGUUCUAGAAGAACUACAGCCCCUCCCUCUACGAAAAGUACAACUCCCACACCACUCGGUAACCAUGAAUGGCAGUGCUGAGCCAGGGACCUCAGUGAAGUGUGUCCUGGUGGGCGACAGUGCCGUGGGCAAGACCUGCCUGCUGGUCCGCUUCACCUCCGAGACCUUCCCUGACUCCUACAAGCCCACGGUGUUCGAGAACACUGGUGUGGAGGUGUUCAUGGACGGCGUACAAAUCAGCUUGGGGCUGUGGGACACUGCGGGGAAUGACACCUUCAGGAAUGUCCGGCCCAUGUCCUACCAGCAGGCAGACGUGGUGCUGGUCUGUUACUCUGUGGCCAACCCUGCCUCGCUGGCUAGCGUGAGGAACCGCUGGGUCCCGGAGGUCCGGGGGCAGCUGCCAGGGGUCCCGCUGCUGCUGGUGGCCACGCAGACCGACCAGCGGGAGAUGGGCCCGCACCGCGCCAGCUGUGUCCCCGCCUCCGAGGGCCGGCGUCUGGCGCAGGACCUCCGUGCCAAGGGCUACCUGGAGUGCUCGUCGCUCAGCAACCGAGGCGUGCAGCAGGUGUUUGAGUACGCGGUGCGGACGGCUGUGAACCACGCCAGGAGACGCACUCGGCGACGAGCAUUCAAUUUCAACACCUGCAAGGUGUUCUGACCUUCAACCUGUCACCUCGACCCCUCACCUGGAUGGUCACCAGCGACCAGUUGUCGAGGGGACCAGGGAACACAGCUGUGUGUUUGGUAUGAAGAGUGUGAGAUGGAUUAGACACGAGUUGAGCAAAACACCAAUUCAAUCUUGGUUGUGUGAAAUACAUCAGACUUUACUUCACUGAAAAAUUGUGCCUUUUUGUUGUGGCUUCAGUGUCACUGUCUGAUGAGUUGAAAGAAUCAACACAAAUUUAGAUAACAUUCAUUUCAAUCAAACUUUGUUUCAACCAUCGUAAAGGUUAUAGAUUCUUUAAAUACAAUAUUGGGGAUUAUUGAAGAGAUGAUGAUUCAACCUUGUUUUGUAUGUAUUGUUUCACAGGAAUAUUGAAUAUGAUUUUUUAAAUUAUUUUGAUACAUUCACAGACUCACAAUUGUUUAUUAUUCUAUAUCCUAAAGUUAAAAGCUAAAUAAAUACAUUAGGUAAUUUAUAUUAUAUUGGUUGUGGUAUUGUUUGAAUGUGUUUUAUAUAACAAAUAGAUGGAUGCACCACUAUGGUUGGAUAAAACAAUUGGAGAUUCUAUCAUUUUCGUGAAUGCUUGUGUAACAAAGAACAAAACACAGAGCAAAAAUGUUGAUUCCUUAUUAAUGAAAAAAUAUGUAAUUAAAUAUGUAAUCAAAUAUGUAAUCAAAUGAAU